AUGCCGAAAGAGGGGGAUACGCUCGAGUUCAAGGCGUGGUCUAAGACGGAACGUCUCCCGUUCGUAGUGUAUGCCGACUUUGAAGCCUUAUUACUGAAAACAGACCGGAGAUACGGCGUUAAUACUACGGCGAUACACAAACACCAUCCCAUGAGUUACGGCUACCUCGUCGUCGCAGCGGAGGGGGUACCGUCAGAUUUGUUCGAACAGUUCGACAUACCGAGAGCUCCCGUCAUUUUUCGCGGCUCGGCGACCGAGGACGAUGUGGCAGCGCGUUUUGUCCACGCUGUCAUCGAUGUGGCCGAUAAGAUAGCCAGAUUAUAUAAAGAAGUAAAUGUACCGAUUAUUAUGAGUGUUGAGGAUUGCCGCGUGCACGAUAGCAAGACGCUGUGCGACUUGUGCGGUUGCUCGUUUGGCGAACAAAACUGUAAAACUGCACAUCACGAUCACUUGUCGGGUCGUUUUCUAAAAACACUAUGUAACACGUGCAAUCUCAAAUUAAAAACACCUAAAUUCGUCCCGUGCUUCCUGCAUAAUCUUUCCAACUACGACGCACAUUUUAUCGUGACAAACUUGCCGGACGCUGGUAAUAACAGAAUAUCGGUAAUUGCGAACACCGAGGAGAAGUAUAUUUCAUUUUCGAAAUAUAUAAACAACUCGUUCUCCGUCAGGUUUGUGGAUACGUGUCGGUUCAUGGCGACGAGCUUGACAAACUUGGCGGAGAACCUCUCCUCCGCGAACCUCGAUAAGUUCCGCGAAGUCUCGAAAGUGUUCAACCCUUCGGAGAUGGCGUUGGCCACGAGGAAAGGCGUAUAUCCAUAUGAAUAUACAGAUUCGUGGGAUAAAUUGGACGCUACGUCGCUACCGGAUAAGUUUCAAUUCUAUAGCGCGUUGACGGAGACGCACGUGAGCGACGUGGAUUACAAUCACGCAUUACGGGUUUGGAAUCAUUUCGGCUGUACGACGCUCGGCGCUUACAGCGAUUUGUACUUGAAAAUCGACGUGCUGAUAAGCGCCGACGUGUUCGAGAAUUUCAGGGAUAUAUGUAUGGCCACAUAUCACCUGGACCCUGCGCAUUACUACACGUCGCCCGGAUUCAGUUUCGAUUGCAUGCUGAAGUUUACGAAAGUUCAACUUUCACUUUUGACGGACUUUGAGAAAGUUCUUUUUAUCGAGUCGGGCACUCGUGGUGGACUGGUUCAGGCUAGUAAGCGCCACGCGCGUGCCAACAAUACUAAGACGCCCGGAUACAAUGCCUAUGAACCCAGCACGUCCCUCAUAUACCUAGAUGCAAACAAUUUGUACGGGUACUCAAUGUGCAAAUAUAUGCCGAUUAGCGAUUUCGAAUGGUACCCGGGGAAUCCGGAAGUCGCGCUAGCCCAGCUAGAGUGGAUGAGCGAGACGGACGAUGUGGGUAGAAUUUACGAAGUCGACAUAUCGUAUCCGCAACACCUGCACGAUGCUCACAACGAUAUGCCGUUCUUGCCCCACGCCAGCAUACCGCACGGAUCGAGCGUCCGAAAGUUGAUGGUCACAUUUUUGCGGAAAGAACGCUACGUGGUUCAUUAUAUGAAUUUAAAACAGGCCAUGGCCCACGGUGUUUUAGUCGAAAAAACUCACAGAGUGUUGGAGUUCCGCCAAUCUCCGUGGCUAUCCCCGUACAUAAAUGUGAACACGGAAUUACGGAAGCAGGCUGCUAACAAAUUCGAAGAACAAUUCUUUAAGGAUCUAAAUAAUUCGGUGUUCGGUAAGACGAUUGAAAACAUGCGGAAAAGAUUUAAUUUGGAACUCGUAUCGUGUCCCGUCAGAAUGCGAAAGCUCAUAAACCGUCCGACGUUCAAGUAUUGCACUACUUAUGGUGAGAAUCUCUCGGUGGUUAUCCAGCAUAACAGUGAAGUGGAUUUCUGUAAGCCCAUCUAUAUAGGAUUUUCCGUACUAGAACUCAGUAAAGUUUUAAUGUACGGAUUUCAUUAUGAUGUCAUGAAGCGACAUUACGGCGAUAAGAUUGAUUUGCUGUACACCAAUACUGACAAUCCAAAUCUUAUGCGGUUUAUGGAUACCUCGAAUUUACCGAACGACCACAAGUGCUAUUCGACUGCUAGGAAACGGAUUCCAGGCCUGUUCAAGAACGAGACCAAUGGCCGUACCGUUUACUAGUACAUAGAGCUGCGUGCUAAAUCAUACGCCUACGACGUGGAACAGGAAGUCUGCAUUCGCGCGAAAGGUGUUAUGAGGC